AAAUAUGUUGUGCUUUCACAGGUGACUCAUUUUUGCUUGCCUCAGCUUCUGCCCCUCCUGAAGCACACCAUGUCCUACCUGCAUGAGAUUUUUGAGUUCUAUGAGGAGAUUCUCACCUGUCGCUACCCAUAUUCUUGCUUUAAGACUGUCUUUGUGGAUGAGGCUUAUGUGCAGGUCUCAUCGUAUGCAUCAAUGAGUAUUUUCAGUACCAACCUCCUGCACAGUGGUAUGAUCAUAGAUCAGACUCCUAUAAGCAGGCGCUUUCUGGCUCAAGCUCUGGCCCAGCAGUUUUUUGGUUGCUUCAUCUCUAGGAUGUCCUGGUCUGAUGAGUGGGUUUUGAAGGGAAUUUCAGGGUACAUUUAUGGCCUCUACCUGAAGAAAACAUUUGGAGUCAAUGAGUAUCGUCACUGGAUUAAGGAGGAACUGGACAAGAUUGUGGAUUAUGAGCUAAAAAUGGGUGGCGUCCUGCUGCAUCCCACCUUUUCUGGAGGAAAAGAAAAAGACAAUCCAACACCCCACCUGCACUUUUCCAUCAGACACCCCCACACAUUGUCCUGGGAAUAUUACAAGAUGUUCCAAUGCAAAGCCCACCUGGUCAUGAGGCUCAUCGAAAACCGAAUUAGCAUGGAAUUCAUGUUGCAGGUGUUUAACAAGCUCUUGAGUCUGGCCAGCACAGCCUCAUCUCAGAAAUAUCAAUCUCAUAUGUGGAGCCAGAUGCUGGUAUCCACCUCUGGAUUCCUCAAAUCCAUUUCCAAUGUGUCAGGGAAGGACAUUGGACCCCUCAUCAAGCAAUGGGUAGACCAGAGUGGGGUGGUAAAAUUUUUUGGAAGUUUUGCCUUCAACAGGAAAAGAAAUGUUUUGGAACUAGAGAUCCGUCAGGACUACACUUCGUCUGGCACACAGAAAUAUGUGGGCCCUAUUAAAGUGACAGUGCAGGAAUUGGAUGGCUCAUUUAACCACACAUUGCAGAUAGAGGAGAACAGUCUCAAACAUGACAUUCCCUGCCACUCCAAAAGCAGAAGGAACAAGAAGAAGAAAAUCCCUCUGAUGAAUGGAGAAGAAGUUGACAUGGACUUGUCAGCCAUGGACGCUGACUCUCCUCUGCUGUGGAUCCGAAUUGAUCCGGACAUGUCCAUCCUUCGGAAGGUAGAGUUUGAACAGGCCGAUUUCAUGUGGCAGUACCAACUGAAGUUCGAGAGGGAUGUAGUGGCCCAGGAGGAGGCUAUUUCAGCGUUGGAAAAAUUUCCCACUCCUGCGUCACGACGUGCUCUUACGGAUAUCCUAGAACAAGACCAGUGCUUUUAUAAAGUCCGCAUGCAGGCCUGCUUCUGUCUGGCUAAGAUUGCUAAUUCCAUGAUGAGCACCUGGACUGGCCCCCCAGCCAUGAAGUCUCUCUUUACACGCAUGUUCUGCUGCAAAAGCUGCCCAAAUAUCGUCAAGACCAACAACUUCAUUAAUUUUCAGAGCUACUUCCUACAAAAGACUAUACCUGUGGCCAUGGCUCUGCUAAGAGAUGUUCAGAAUCUUUGUCCCAAAGAGGUCCUGAACUUUAUACUGGACCUCAUCAAAUACAAUGACAACCGGAAGAACAAGUUUUCUGAUAAUUACUAUCGUGCCGAGCUGAUUGAUGCCCUGACAAAUUCACUGACUCCUGCCAUCAGCAUUAAUAAUGAAGUGCGCACAGUGGACAACUUGAAUGCAGAUGUUCGCCUGAUCUUGGAGGAAAUCACACGCUUCCUUAACAUGGAAAAACUGCUGCCAAGCUACCGUAACACCAUAACAGUCAGUUGCUUGCGGGCCAUUCGCAUGCUACAAAAGAACGGCCACAUCCCCAGUGAUCCCAGCCUGUUCAAGACCUACGCUCAGUAUGGCCACUUUGUGGAUGUGAGGAUUGCAGCAUUGGAGGCUGUAAUAGACUAUACAAGAGUUGAUAGGAGUUCCAGUGAACUGCAGUGGCUUCUGGAUCUGGUACAAAAUGACCCAGUUCAUUACAUAAGGCAUGAAAUUCUCAGCAUGCUUGCCAAGAAUCCACCUUUCACCAAAGCAGCAGAUUCUUCAUUGUGUAACGAAGCUUUAGUGGACCAACUCUGGAAGCUGAUGAACUCAGGUACCUGUCAUGACUGGCGUUUGCGAUGUGAUGCCGUAAAUCUGUACUACACUCUGUUUGGGCUGACCCGACCCUCCUGUCUGCCGUUGCCAGAGUUGGGUCUUGUGCUGAACCUGAAGGAGAAAAAAGCUGUUCUCAACCCCACCAUCAAAUCUGAGCAGGGCCCUGGUGGCCCUGAGGUGACCUCGAACAUGACCUUCACCAGCACUCUGGAAGAGGAGCAUGUUAUCAUGGAGCCAGCAUUGAGUGGCGUGGCCAUGGCCCCACAGGGUUUAAAGAGGAAGGCAGAGACUCCAUUAGGUUCAUCCCCUGAACCUGGACAAAUUAUGCAAGAGGAGCCCAGUGCUAAAGCAUCUGUGAAGAGCAGAGAGGAGGAAGAUAUUGAUAUGGACACAGUUCAUGACAGCCAGGCAUUCAUCUACCACCAUCUGAACAUGUUGGAGAGACCUUCAACUCCAGGGAAAGAACCAUCUUCAGUAGAGCAAGCCAUUUUGUCCAUGCCAGGAACACCCAUGCCCACAUUGAGCAAAGACAGCACAUCCUCCAAACAUGGAGAUCACCACCACCACCAUCAUCAUCACCAUGAGCACAAGAAGAAGAAGAAGAAGCACAAACACAAACAUAAACACAAACACAAGCAUGAGAAUAAGGACAAAGAUAAAGACAGAGAUUCUCACGCUUUUAGUAACAGCCCUGCCAGUGGCCGCUCCAUUCGUUCUCCAUCUCUAUCUGACUGACAGUGAUGUCAGGCAGCAGUACUCCUGACCAACAUUAAAAUACACAUUUUGAGCAUUUGCUUCAAAAGGCUGGAUUGUCAUAUCUCCCAAUAGGUCAGUAGUUCAUUCAAAAAUGAAAAUUCUUUCAUUUAAAUCAAUGACAAUGUUCAUGCUGAUUUAACUAAUCCUUUUAAUCAUUUAUUACUACUUGUUUACUACUAUAAUUUCUUAUUAAUACUUGUUUCCAGUCUCUGUAACAACCUAGCAUGCAGAAAAAAAAAAGGAAAAAUUUGUUCCGCAGUGUCAUCUAACCACACAUAACACUGACUGGUUUAUGGCCUCUUGACAGCACACACAGAUUCACUGACUCGCCACCCAGGACCACUGGGGUUAAGUCUGGCCGCUGUAUCUCAAGAUAAAUGUAAACAUUCUGAAAGUACUUUUAUGAGGGAACAUUUCACUCUGUGGGCUCUAUGGUUAACUUACUGUGAGCAAUCUUUUAAGUGGGAAAUAUAUUCAAGGGUUAGCUGAAUACUGUAAAUGUAAGCAGUAUUUUUCACUGGACUUCACUGUUCCUUUGAAAGUAUAAUAAUUUAAGCCAUAAGUAAUUUCUACCAGUUUCACAUCUACACCCCAGCCUGUUUUUAUUUCACCAUUGUAGGAUUUUUAUCAUUCAGUACUGCAAUUACGUUUUUUUUUUUAUUCACUGAUGUUUUGUUUGUUUUUUAUAUUGUAUAAAUCCAUAAAGAGAUUUUGUUAAAUAA